AUGAAGUCAAAAACACAGAAAGCUCCCACAGGAGACAAAAGGCUAGAGAAAAAUGGCGUUGCCAAUGGUCGCACCCCGGAUCUGAAAGUAAAGGUUGAAGAUAAGAUGGACGAGGGCCAACUCACACGCCUUGCGACUGGAGUUACGGUAGACACGGGGCCAGCAUCCUCCGCUGUACCUUCACACAAGCCCGAAAAAGCUGCUUUUGUGGAGUUGCGCAAGGGGAUCAUCGAAAUAACUGCAGUGGAGAAUGACCGACAGCCGCGCUCUGUGGUUAUUCUCACUGGUCUAAAGACCUUGUUCCAAACACAGUUACCUAUGAUGCCGCGCGAGUACAUUGCGCGUCUAGUCUAUGACCACAACUCAAAAGCACUCGCGAUCAUCAAACAUGGUUAUAAGGUCGUAGGUGGUAUUUGCUACAGACCUUUUCCACACCGUGGUUUUGCGGAGAUCGUCUUCUUUGCUACUGCAUCUGUGGACCAAGUGAAGGGUUACGGUGGCAUGCUCAUGGAUAACUUCAAACAACACAUCAAACGUACAUACCCCGAAGUGAUGCACUUCCUCACCUACGCCGACAAUUUUGCUGUAGUAUUUUUCAAGAAACAAGGCUUCUCGAAAGAGAUUACACUUGAUCGCUCUGUGUGGGCUGGGUACAUCAAAGACUACGAAGGCGGGACAAUCAUGCAAUGCACCAUGCUGCGCAAGGUCAACUAUCUUGACAAAGUCAGCAUCAUCGCUCAGCAGCGGGAAGCGAUCCUCACCAAGAUCCGCGAGAUGUCAAAAUCGCACAUCGUGUAUCAGGGUCUUCCGCAAUUCCAAGAAGGUGCUCCGGAAGGGAUCACAGUGGAUCCUAAGGAAGUCCCAGGGCUAAGAGAAAGCGGUUGGACGCCCGGCAUUGAACACAGCACACGCUCCGGGAAAAGCGCCGAGCACACACAAAUGCAACGCCUCCUGUCCGAUCUCAAAGCCCAUCCCUUAGCUUGGGCUUUCUUAAACCCAGUCAACGCCGAUGAGGUCCCAGAUUACUACGGUGUCAUCAAGAGACCUAUGGAUUUCAGCACGAUGGAGCAUAAAUUGGACACGAACCAGUACUCCUCGCUGAAAUUUUUUCUCGACGACGUUCAACUGGUGGUCGAUAAUUGCAAGUUGUACAACCCCGAAACAUCGAUAUACCAUAGGAACGCAGUGAAGCUUGAGAAAUUCAUGAAAGAACAGUGUACAGAAUAUGCAAAGCGAGGGUCCUAA